UCGUAUUCCUGGGCCUGGAACUCCUCCCGCUCCUCGCCUCACCACGGUGGCCCCAAUGGCAUGUCUCUGAAGGACUCUGCCCCGUGUUUCCCCGCUCUGUGCGCUGGAAGAGAGGGAACGAGCCGAGAGCACCGCGCAUCUGCCGAACCCCGCGGGGCCGCAUAUUCCUUCAAGAGUCCGAGGAGGCCGACCCUGGGGACCGGCGCACGACGGGCCGUGGCGUGGUCGCUGCCGUCGCGUCCGCGCAGAUCGUGUGACUCCUGAGACCCGGGACCCGAAAAUCUAUUCCUCGCUGCCGAAGAAUUAACAGAAUGCUCUCCAAUGAGUCCCUACAUUCUCCUGCAUUUAGCCGUUCCAACUCACAAGCCUCCGUAGACAGCACCUCCAUGGCGGACUUCUUGCGGGAGAUAGAAAGCAUCAGAGAGAGCAGCAUGAGAGUGCAGGAAGAGCAGACAGCAGCCGACGCCAAGCCUGCGGAUGAAGGAGAACUCGAAGCAGAGUGGUUGCAAGAUGUGGGUUUAUCAACCCUGAUCUCGGGUAACGAAGAGGAGGAUGGCAAAGCCUUGCUCUCUACGCUGACUCGAACCCAAGCAGCUGCAGUGAAAAAGAGAUAUAAUACUUACACUCAAACCAUGAGAAAAAAGAACAAGCAAUCUGUUAGGGAUGUCAGAGACAUCUUUGGAGUCAGCGAAUCUCCUUCAGGUGAUACCUGUGACAGUCAUACUGCUCAGUUGGAUGGUGCCGAGGAGGAAAAAGAGCUGCCGGGAGUUAUGAAAACAAGUGGUUCCUUGCCAGAUGAUGCUUCUCUCAACAGUACCGCCCUGUCGGAUGGGUCCCCAGAUGAAGAAAGGAGUUUUGCAGUUCCCAGGAGUGGCUCUGUGAUUAGCAGACUAAGCAAUAGAGAACUCAAGUGGCUUGCUCAAAGUUGCACAUCCAUACUGGAGACCAUUCCAGCUCUCCCAGUUCAUUCCAAUGGAUCUCCAGACCCUGGACCAUCAGUUCAGAAUGCAGUGAGUGAUGACAAUUAUCUGGAAAAAAACAUUCUACCAGAAACUGAAGAGCUGUCCUUCGAAGUAUCUUAUUCAGAAAUGGUUACAGAGGCUCCAAAAAGAAACAAAUUUAAGAAGUCAGAUUUUAAGAAAGAGGACUUUGCUUUAACUAAACUAAUUGUCCAGAAAACCAGAUUCGGCCUAACUGAGGCAGGAGACCUGUCUGCCGAAGAUAUGAAGAAGAUCCGUCAUCUGUCUCUGAUCGAACUGACUGCCUUUUUUGAUGCCUUUGGAAUCCAACUGAAAAGAAACAAAACUGAGAGAGUUAAAGGACGAGACAAUGGGAUAUUUGGAGUUCCGCUCACAGUCCUGUUGGACAACGACCGAAAGAAGGACCCUGGAGUGAAGGUCCCGCUCGUUUUGCAAAAAUUUUUUGAGAAAGUCGAGGAAUCAGGCCUGGAAUCUGAAGGAAUUUUUCGACUUUCCGGAUGCACUGCCAAAGUCAAGCAAUACCGUGAAGAACUGGAUGCCAAGUUUACUGCUGAUAAAUUUAAAUGGGACAGAAUGUGCCACAGAGAAGCUGCAGUAAUGUUGAAGGCAUUUUUCAGAGAACUACCCACCUCUCUCUUCCCUGUGGAAUAUAUACCUGCCUUCAUCACUCUACUGGAAAGAGGGCCUCACAUCAAAGUACAGUUUCAAGCUUUACACCUUAUGGUCAUGGCACUGCCCGAUGCCAACAGGGACACAGCCCAGGCCCUCAUGACAUUCUUCAAUAAAGUGAUUGCCAACGAGUCAAAAAACCGAAUGAGUAUAUGGAACAUUUCCACCGUAAUGGCCCCAAACCUUUUCUUCAGUCGAAGCAAACACUCUGAUUAUGAAGAACUACAGUUAGCAAACACUGCAGCCCACAUCCUCCGUCUAAUGCUUAAAUACCAAAAGAUGCUGUGGAAGGUUCCGUCUUUCUUAAUCAUGCAAGUCAGAAGAAUGAAUGAAGCUACCAUGUUGUUAAAGAAGCAGCUCCCAAGCGUCAAAAAGCUGCUGAGGAGGAAGACCAUAGAACGAGAGGUUAUAAGCCCCAAGACUUCAAAGGUACUACAAAAAUCACCCUCUUCGAGAAGAAUGUCUGACGUGCCGGAAGGAGUCAUAAGGGUCCAUGCUCCACUUCUCUCUAAGGUGUCCAUGGCCAUUCAACUCAACAGUCACACCAAAGCCAAAGACAUACUGGCAAAAUUUCAGUAUGAGAACAGUUAUGGUCCAUCAGAAUGCAUUAAGAUUCAGAACCAACGGUUAUAUGAAAUUGGAGGAAAUAUAGGGCAGCAUUGCUUGGAUCCAGAUGCUUAUAUAUUGGAUGUAUAUCAUGUAAAUCCUCAAGCAGAGUGGGUGAUUAAACCCCAACCAAGUUUUUGAAAUACCCUCCAAGAUGGCAGCUAUCAAGUAUCACAUGCCAGGAUUCUACAUUUGGUAGGAAAAAAAGCGAGACUACUUGUGACAUGUGUGCUCCAAUAACCCUCUUGGUGUUUCUCAGCCCAAGUGGUGUCUCCCGGCACUGUCAGCGUGAACCGUGGAGGAGGCGCUGGUUGACUCUCUGAGCUGGGGCUUUCUCCUGUGCUUCCUGUGAAGAGUGAAGGAAAGAUGAUGUGAUCCUUCCAGAAGAAAGGCCAAUCUAGUGUGUGGAACUCUAGUCAUUUCUAGUACUUUGACUUCACAGCAGAAAUGAACUUGGCCCUAUACCUAGAGAUAAGAAACACUUCUUUAUGUAGCAAACGCUACCAAAGACAAGAGGUGGAAGAGAGUCAUUUUUAUACCUGUGUUACAUAUACGGGUGGACCUUUUUGAACAAGAAUGCCAGAAAUAUCAAUAAUUUCUGCUCUGCAAAAUAAUUCAGAUCUACUUUUCAAAGGGAAUCAGUUUCUAAAGUUAUGCAUACGAUAUUUAUGCUCUGACUUGCUCGCAAAUUGAAGGAGGACGAACUUCUCUCGAAGGAACACUGUAUUGUUACGUAUGUCGUACUGUAUUAUGACGAUCAGCAUUCUGGUGCAAAUGACCAUUUCUCUAUCGUGGACUGUUGAAAAUUGCUAUUUUUAAAGCUUCUUCUCUGAUGAGCACUGGUCCCCAUAGCAAAGGUUAGUCCAACAGAGGGUGUCCUUACUCUCUCAUAACUUCUGUGUAGCUAAUAAUCACAGAACCUCGAUUUUCUCAUCCUGAUUCUGGUGCUCAACGAAUAGCUUUCUCUGUGCCAGACACAGAUUUCCUUUCCUGAUCAAACAUAUCAUUUUUUAUAUUUCACAAUUGUAGAUAGUCACUUCUGCCACCCCAACUUAAAAAUAUAGAACUGCCUUUAUCCAACUGUUCUUUAUCCAAGAAUACUGAAAAAUACUGUUAUAUCCAGAUUUUAUAUGCUGUAGAAGCAUAUUUUGUUUCUGUUCAUCAGCCGUAGACAUGGCCAAGCACUGAGGACUAGGCUCGGGCUUUAAAAUCAGAUGCAGUUUUGGCAAAGCUGGAAAACGGUCUCCCCGUGCAGACCCUACGGAGCCGUUUCCCAGACGGGCACCUGGUGGGAACAUACACUGCUCCACGAGCUAAUGCAGAGCAAAUGGGAAACGUGCCUAGGGGUCAGACGGCUCUGCCUUUCCUCUGCACCUGCACAUACGCUUCUUCCAGGGUUAGCUAGAAAUGGGGACAGGAGCAUUUAUCCCACAUGCAUGCUUUGGAUUAGAAUCUGCAGAUUGGGAUUUUGAUGAAUUUGUAUCAGUUUUACUGAGAUUUUAUGCCCAGAGGACUCUCUUCUGCAGUUCAAACAGUAAAGUUGCUCACAAAUACAGAAGACAUUUCAUCUACUUAGCAAUUCUCAAAACAUAAUGUGAUGAUAACUGAAGCCCAUGUAUAGAAGAAAUCUUUCAUAUGCUGCAUUAUGCCUUGAUAUCUCUUAAAACAUUAUUUGUAUUCACCAUGUAGAUAAUUGUGUUUCUGGCCAUUAAUAUUUUGUUAUAUUUUUUAUAAAGAACUCAAAUAUCCAUUUGUUUUAUUUGUUUGAGAAUUUUUAUUUCCCGUGCCUGAAAACCCAUUAGAAGAUAAAUGCGUUUCUAUCAGUUUUUAUUUAUUCCUACAUUUCCUCAGUUUUCGGUGGUUGGCUAAUCGAUGGCAUGUGAGUUUACAUGAUGAAUUUCAAGAGUUCAGAAAAAUACUUUUAUCACUUGAUACUUCAGAUGACAGAAAUAAACAUUUUACUUUAGGCAGACAUAACAUGGCGGUAAUUUAUACCCACACACAUGGAAGAAAAUCUUCAAAUUCGCUACCUUAUGCUUCCAUGUAUAUAUAAAAACAGGGACUGAUUUUUCUUAUUGUGUUUCCUGUAAUUUAGCAUCGUUAAAUUCUACCGUGUUCAUAUAGAAGAUUUACAACUCGUAUUAAUUUUCCUAUCUUUGAACUGAAAACACAGUAGAACCCAUACAUAAGUUCUAAGCAUUUUGAGAUUCACUCCACUUAUCAUUUGUAAAUAAGUAGGUAACAGAUGACAGGUAAAAAACAGUACAUUUCUGAAUUUCUUACCCCCUUUUGUGUGGUGUCAGAGGUCAAAGAUUCAGCUGAGUCCAUAGCUUUAGGUUAAUCACUUGAAUGUAUUUAAGGAUGUGUGACAACUUUCAAAUAGCUAUGUAAUAUGGAAGGGCCAUGUCAGUCCCACUGCCUUUCGACUUAACUUUUAUUCUUUGUCAUAGGAUAACUGACUGAUUUGAGGAGAAUUUUCAGGAGACACACAGACCAAUUUUUGUAUGAGUAGAGGUUCUUUUUACUAACUUUAUUCUUAAGGAAUAAACAAACCUCUACAGUUACAAUUCAAAGAUGUCUGUCAAAUAAUUACUCAAACUAUUUUUGCUUUGUCAAAGGUGGUUUUAAAAUAUUACAGUAGUCAAUAAAAUUGAGUAGUGUGUUUGCAAACAAGAGAAGACUCAGGUCCCCAGGCUUCUAGAUCCAGUUUUCACUAGCUUCCCACCUAGGAAAAUAAUAUCCCGGGAAGUAUUGGAGAAAGUUAACAUUUUGGUGACACCCAGGAAAACCCCUAGAGCUGGCUCAUUGUUUUCUGCAUUCUGUGAAGGAGGAUCCCUUUGGUUAGCAGCUCAUGGGGAGAUAUGAUUCUUGGAGUCAGUGAUCUUCAAAAAAACUGGAAUAUUAAUUUCAAUACAAUGUGUAUACAGUAUAAACUACCUCACUUGCCUUUCUUGGGGAAAAAAAACGCAUGGACUUUAACAGUUUUUGUUACAAACUGUCCCUGGGUCUUAUUAUUAUUUAAGUCACUUCAGUUAGCUUUCAAUGUACAUUUAAUGAUAUACAUUUAAUGAUAUAAAAUAUUUGUAGCGAAAGCUUUAAAGCCAAAAAUACUCUGUAACUGUGACCUGUGGUAUACUCUGAUAGAAGUCUGUUCCUUAGUCAUUGUCUUGUGUGUUUCACCACGUGCAGUGCAGGUUUUCAAGCGCAGGGAUUAAGAGUCAUCUCUUCUUCCCGGCAUUUUCAACUGCUUUCCCCAUAUUGCACUUGACAGAAAAGAACAUGAGAUUAAAAUCCCCUUCUUUCUAUCAAGCAUAUCUCAACUGUUUUUCACAAAUGUUUUACAUGCCUGAAAAGAAUAUAUAUUAUGGGAUUAAAUAGUUCCUAGUUUCUGACAAGCAUUUUCAACUGUUUUCCAUAAAUAUGUCAUUUAACAAAAAAUAGUAUGACAUGGAUUAAAAUGUUUCUUUCAAACAUUUUAAAUGGUUUAACACACGCAUAUACACACAUACACCUUAAUUCAAAAACAACAUCUUUUUCUUUCAGCCAUUUUUCAACUACUUUCUAAAACUCUGUGACCGGAUUAAGAAAUGAUGUAAUGUUGUGAGAAAUGCCAAUGUUUUUAUGUUGUCUCCCAUCUCAAAAGCUAAUAUUCAAUCAUCUGUUUUGGCUUCCAUUGUUAAAUCUGUAUGUUGCAUUUUAUCCAUAAAAAUAAAGAGA